AUGAUGACCCCGAGUGCCACUGCUCUCCUAUGUCAUCAUCACCAUGGAACUGCUGCUGCUGCUGCUACUGACCCAGCUGCGGGUCUAGGCUCUGGGCCAGGCCCGAGCCCGAGCCAGAGCCAGAGCCAGAGCCAGGGCUCAGGCCAGAAUUCAAAUAGCAGUUGUUGUACUUGUUCAACGAAUCCUACUACUGCCACCACGACCACCAUUGAAUGUGUGGAUCAGUUAAAGCAACAGAUUCGACGAGCAAUUGACAAU